GUGAGGCGGAACCCAUCCCACAUCCCAAUAUGAUCUGGAAGACUUUCACGCUGCUGCUGCUGCUGGGGGCAGCGACGACUGCGUCCCACUUAGUCUCCAGCACCACAGAGAAGCUGUCCCCGACCACCACCACCGCCAGUGUGGUGGAGCAGAGCACUUUGAUCAAGGAAGAGCAAUUUCCGGCAAUUGCCCCAGCUCAAGCGGCCGAGUCGUCCCAGUCGAUUCUACUGCAGCCACCGCCGAUUGCCGGCGGCAGUGGGGACGAUGAGGCACUGCGUCGUCGCACUGUCACUUACGAUCAGCGACAGGAGGGGCAAUACAACAUCCGGGCCGACCUGGAGAACUUCAUGAUACUACUUAUCCCACCGGGACCGCAGGAGAGCCUUAGUCUACUGGAUUUGCUUAGCCGUGGAGCAGCGACCAAGAGCAGCAAACGCAAGAGCCCACAACGAGGCCCCUCGCUGAAGUCUUUCUACCAAAGAAACCAGCUCCAGAGGCUGCAGCAACAGCAGGAGCAGCAGCCAUCGCAGCCGUUGGUGGCCCUGCCCGAGUUCAUUGAGGGACGCACGCCCUAUCAUGUGGACAUCUCGGCCAGUGACACGGAGCAGGCGCAGCGUCUGCAGCGCCAACAGGUGGAUGUGUUGCCCCCGCAACUGAUACACAUGCCGCAGCUGAUCAAGCCCUUCCACCUGGAGGCAGAGCCCGAGCUUAUCCAAGCUCUGCCGCCGGUGCCAGCCACAAGCAGUGCUGCAGGAUCGAACCUACUCGAGAGCUACAAUCAGCCCGGAUCCCAUUACUUUCGCAACUCGCGCGCCCUGAGAGGCGACACCUACUUGGAGACCAACCGCCUGGCUGGCGGCGAGUACGCCCAGGCAGCCCACCCACGCUCCAUCAGCGUGCCCAUCUAUCGGAGCGAUCUUAGUGGCCAGGCCAAUGCCCUGUAUCCGCCCAUCGAUGCCCCGGCCUAUGUCCUGAACGAAGCCCGAAGCUGGCAGCUGGAUGAAGAGCCCACCCAGGUGGAGCCGAAGCAUUUGCUGGAAACGGAUAUCAUCAGCUUCGAUCUGCUGUCCGAUGAUCUGGGCGACUCCAAGACCCUUCUCAGGGAUGGUCUGGCACGCUGUGCCCGGGGCGAAAGACGCGACAGCUACGGGGCGUGCCGCCAGAUCGAAGGCUAUUGACGCGAAUGAGAACUUCCAGACUGCUACUAAAUGAAAGCCUAAAUGUUAGUUUUAGAUUAAAUACAUACAACUACAUACUUUUGCACACUCUAAAAUUAAGCUGCGCUGAGCCUAUCAUCUAACAAAUAAAUACAGAAACGU